AUGGAAGUUUCGAAGGCUAAAACGUUGACUGAGCUCCAGCCCAGGCCUAGAGCCGCUUUUAGGGCCCCAAGACCGCCAAGGCAACAUCAAACUACUAUCCUCGAGAUAUUUUCAACAAUUGGGAGCAGUGUUAUUCAUCGCACAAAAACUAUAUGUGGUCGCCUGGAGCACACUGUCUUUCUUGCACUCUCCUUUCUCCCCAAGGCCUCCGCGCAACACAAUACCGCCAUUUUCCAACCCAUCUACACCUCAACGCCAGAAAUUGAGGCGUCGGUGGGAAAUGCAUCUGGAUGGUUCUAUAUGAGCGCAUGGAAUGCGCGUGGAAUGCUCAUCCGUUCUGGGUCGGGCAACUUGGAGUGCCUGGGAAACCUGAGCUGGGCACUGGAGAAUCUUGGUGAGCUCAAUGCUGCGGAGUAUAGUGGCGCAAAUGGGGCUAUGACUUUACUUCCAACAGUUGCGUCGCUCCUUGGUGCUUCAACUAGAGAGAUGUGGGAGCUGUACAAGCUGAUGCCGUUGGCGGCGGUUCUGACGAUGUUUCUGAGUCUAGGCGGGACAGUCAAUCCUAAUGAUGGGAUGGCUCCCCCGUCCAAGGUUCGGGCCCAGUCAACGGGCAAGGUAAGAGUGAACGACAAUGAUGAAACUCAGGAUGGAAUGGAACAGGGGAUGUUGUUGCACGACAUGUCGGCGCCAAAGGUUGAGAAUGAGACGGCCAGGAAUUUUGCAGAAGAGGUCAGACUCCGAGCUGCAGGAGCUCUUAAUGAAACGCGGCAUUGGGUGAUCUGGGUGGGGAUUGUGAUCCAAGCUAUUGGGAUAGCGGUAGUGUUGACGGUAUUGUGGUUUGGGCAGCGUGGUGCCGUUAUACCUUGGUGGUGUCGAUGUUGGGGCUGGAUGUGGUUUUGGUACUUUCUAGUAGUAGCAACGUCCAUGAUACAAAAUGCGGCCCUCUCUCCCUUUACCUACAGCUACACUAUGCGUAUAUCGAAAGCACCAACCGAUAUCGGCUUCGACAGAAGAGGCGUUCAGUCGAUCCGGCAAUAUGUUGAAGGAGGCAGGCAACUCAAAGAUAUUCUCAAUGCAGGUCCGGAACCUGUUAGCAUAACCGCGAAUUCCGAUUCAUAUUUCCGACCUGCGCAACAAGGUGCUUUAUCCACAUGUUUCUACGUCAUUGUGUCACAAGCCAGGAAGGAAGCGUGGCAUGAGCUUCUAGCGGUAGCUUCUAAAGCUUCUAGCGUGAUUGUCUACGCCUUUGGCACCAUGGUAUUUUCAUCAGCAGCAUUGAUGUCAAUAUCCGCGGCCUUGAUGGUCCUUUCUCUGAUUCUAUGCAGUGCUGUGGUCGGUCGGGCAACAGCCAUGUGGAUGACCCGUGAGCUACACGAGAGCAACGGUCCGCCGAUUCUACGAUGUCAGGCAGAUGGUCGUAAUGGCCUCAACGACCUCGUCUUGGCAGUGCUAGACAUAGAGGGUCUGGUCGUUGAGAUGGGUGGCAACGUGUUCUUCAACGGCAUACUUAUCAAGAAACGAAGCACGUGGUUUUCCUGGUCUUCUUACAUCGGGUUGUUAGCGAAGCCCUUUAAUCUUGCGGAGUUUGUCUCCCAAUAA